AUGCCCGCUGUCGAAGCCAUGUCUUCAACACCAGCAACCACCAAGGCUGAGACCACCAAGUCUCUCGCCACCCUAGACGAGCUUAUGAAGAACUUGUCGCUCUCAAAAGACCAGGCUGAUGGCAACAAGAACGCUCAAAAUCUUGCUGCGCUACUAAAUGGUCCUAUCGAGGAGAAGGCCGUCCCCGAGAAGGCUGUCGAGACAUUCAAGAAGCAACUUGGCAACAAGAAAGAUGCCAACGUUCGAGAGCGUGCCCUCGAUGGCAUCAAGGCUCUCGCACAACACUCAGCAAUUGCACCCGCCUUCGAGCCCUACCUGGUCACUCUCUUGCCGCUCGCCCUCGCAGCGAUUGGCGACAAGAUGACUUCGAUCAAGACAGUUGCUCAAGAAACAGCGCUUGCUAUUGUCCGCGCGAUCAACCCUAACGCCACCAAGGCUGCCCUCCCUUGCAUCAAGACAUCCAUUACGACCGCACAGAAAUGGCCCGAGAAGAUGACUGGUCUCGACUGCAUUGAGAUCUUCGUCGAGGUUGCGCCAACGCAACUCACGUUCCUCGUCCCAACUCUGAUCCCGAUCGUUUCCGAGGCCAUGUGGGACACCAAGCCUGAGGUCAAGAAGAAGGCCUACGGCACAAUGGAGAAGAUCUGCAAAUUGAUCGAGAACAAAGAUAUUGAGAAGUUCAUUCCCGAGCUUAUCAAGUGUAUCGCUAAGCCAGAGAAUGUCCCCGAGACUGUUCACUUGCUUGGUGCUACCACUUUCGUUACAGACGUCCACGAGCCUACACUGGCCAUCAUGGUCCCCCUCCUGGAGCGUGGUCUUGCUGAUCGCGAGACUGCUAUCAAGCGCAAGUCCGCUGUCAUUGUUGACAACAUGUGUAAGCUGGUCGAGGAUCCUCAGAUCGUGGCUGCUUUCCUUCCAAAGCUCAUGCCUGCGCUCACCAAGAACUAUGAGAACAUUGCCGAUCCUGAGGCUCGCGAGAAGACCAAGCAAGGUCUCGAGACCCUCAAGCGUGUUGGUGCUGUCAAGGAGGAUGGCAGCUUCCCCGAAGUUUCUACUGCGGGCGAGGUCAAGACUGUUGCAACUACUCUCCGAACCAUCCUUCUCGCAACCAAGCACAAGGACUCGGCGACAUUUGAUGCGACAAUUGAUUACGUUUCUGCCAUUGCUGGACAACUGAUCGACCAGAAGAUGUUCGACGCUGCAGACUGGGCCUCAAACGUCAAGCAGUUUAUUGCGGUUCUCGCUGGUGAGGCUGACGCUGAAUCCAUCACCGAAUCUCUUCGCAAGAAGUCUACGCCAGGUGCUGAAGAGGAGGCCGAGGUCGAGCCAGAUGAGGAGGAAGGCGUGGAUCUCUGCAACUGCACAUUCAACUUGGCUUAUGGUGCGAAGAUUCUACUCAACCAGACUCAUCUCCGCCUGAAGCGCGGACAGCGAUAUGGUCUUCUCGGUCCCAACGGUUCCGGCAAGACUACCCUUAUGCGUGCUAUCAACAACGAGCAGGUUGAGGGUUUCCCCAAGCAAUCUGAGGUCAAGACCGUCUUCGUUGAGCACGAUCUUGACGCUGCUGACACCGAGCUUACUGUCAUUGGCUGGACCAUGAAGAAGCUUGAGGAGGUCAACAUUACAACGUCAAAGGAGGCAAUCAUAGGCAAACUGGGUGAAUUCGGUUUCAGCGAGGACCAGUUUGAGGCUCCCAUUACCUCUCUGUCUGGUGGCUGGAAAAUGAAGCUGGCUCUUGCCCGCGCAGUCUUCGAGGAGCCUGAUAUCCUCUUGCUUGACGAACCCACCAACCACAUGGACGUCAAGAACGUCAAAUGGCUCGAGGAUUAUCUCAUCAACUCGCCAUCAACCAGUAUCAUCAUUUCACACGAUUCGAAAUUCCUCAACAACGUCCUCCAGCACGUCAUCCACUACGAGAAGUUCAAGCUCAAGCGCUAUCGUGGUAACUUGACCGAGUUCGCUAAGCGUAACCCGGCUGCUCGGUCCUACUUCGAACUGGGCGCCAGCGAGCUCGAAUUCAAGUUCCCCGAGCCUGGUUUCCUCGAAGGUGUCAAGACCAAGGCCAAGGCUAUUGUUCGUGUCUCGAAGAUGUCCUUCCAGUAUCCAAAUACGCCCAAGCCUCAGAUCCGAGACAUCACCUUCCAAUGCUCCCUCGGCUCCCGUAUCGCUGUCAUCGGUCCCAAUGGUGCCGGCAAAUCUACACUGGUCAACGUCCUUACUGGUGAGCUGAUUCCUACGUCGGGUGAGGUCUACCAGCACGAGAACAUCCGUAUUGCCUACAUCAAGCAGCAUGCUUUUGCUCACAUCGAUAACCAUUUGGACAAGACUCCUUCGGAGUACAUUCAGUGGCGCUUCCAGACUGGUGAGGAUCGCGAAACUAUGGAUCGAGCGAACAAGAUCGUUACCGAGGAUGACGAGAAAGGCAUGCUGAAGAUCUACAACAUCAACGGCACACAGCGUCGUGUCAUUUCGAUCUCGAGCCGACGCAAGUUCAAGAACUCGUACGAGUAUGAGUGCAGUUUCCUGCUUGGAGAGAACGUGGGCCUUAAGAAUGAGAAGUGGACGCCAAUGAUGACUGCGGACAACGAAUGGUGGAGUUAUAUGCUUUCCUCCGCUAAAAUGGUAGCCGAGGUCGAUCAGAAGGAAGCACUCGCUUCAGGCCAAUUCCGUCCCCUCGUCCGUCGCGAAAUCGAGCAGCACGCUGCCAACUUCGGCCUCGAUGCUGAACUUAUCUCUCACUCCCGCAUGCGUGGUCUGUCUGGUGGCCAGCGUGUCAAGGUCGUCCUUGCCGCUUGCACGUGGCAACGCCCUCACUUGAUCGUCCUCGACGAGCCUACUAACUACCUGGACCGCGACUCGCUGGGUGCUCUGUCCAACGCUCUCAAGGAGUUCGCCGGUGGUGUUGUCAUUAUCUCUCACAACGCUGAGUUCACCGAGUCGCUCACCAACGAAGUCUGGACUGUCAACGAUGGUCUCAUGGUGCCGUCUGGUCACAACUGGGUCCAAGGUCAGGGUGCCGGCCCCCGUCUCGCCAACAAGGACGACGACGAGGAGGAUACCUUCGAUGCCAUGGGCAACAAGGUCGAGAAGACCAAGAAGGCCAAAAAGCUUUCCGCGGCCGAACUGAGAAAGAAAAAGAAAGAAAGAAUGGCCAGACGAAAGAGAGGCGAAGAAGUGUAUUCGGACGAGGAUGACUUGUAA